UAAUCCAACAGCGACGCAUUCCGCUCACGUACGGUUACGGAACGGAAGAAAAGGAAACUUUACCACCGGCAUGGGCCUACUCAGGGCAAUGCGCAAUCUUCUCUGCACGCUAAACACAUCCUGCGCGAUCUCACCAGGCAGGGGGUCGUUUCGGUUGCUCUCUGUCUCGCUUAUCUGUGGCUGUGGUCUGUCUGCCGGUGACGAUUAUUAUAAAUUUAAAACGCGCUUUAAGCAUCGCCAGAACUAUCAUUCUUGCGCGAGCAUUCUACCGGUGAGGAGAGUCCUGAAUUUCGGAGAGCUUCUCGCCACUGCUGUUGUACUGUACCGUUGGGGAACUGCUAAUUUUCGUCGGUGUGUGAAAGUGAAAAGUUAGCAAGCAAAGCAAAAAAAAAACAUAACCACCCAUCAACAAACAUUUUAUCCCACGAUCGGAUUAGCUACCGGGCAUCGUAUUAUUCCGCGUUCCAUCCCACAUUACCCAGCCAGCGCCAUCAUGAAAGCAUUCCCUGCACUGUGUGUCGUUGCGGCCUUUGUUGUGGUGUGCAGUUUAAGCGGUUCCGUGCAAGCAACCGUCGUCGAAUCGUGCGGUUCCACACGUAGCCUGGUGCCGAUCGAGGAGAAUGUCGUGGAUAUUAGCAACUGCGAGAAGGGACCCUGCAAGCUAAAGCGACGCACAACCGUCAGCAUUAACCAGAAGUUCACCCCGACUGAAGAUGUCAAGAGCCUUAGCACGACCGUGUUCGCGAAGAUCGUUGGACUACCGUUGCCGUUCGUUGGUGUCGAUGGUACUAGCGCCUGUCCGUACCUGUUCGCGGAAGACGGUGUAACGAAGCAGGAAUGUCCGCUGAAGGCCGGCGUGCCGGUGGUGUACAAGCGUAGCUUCGAUGUGCUCGAAAUCUACCCGAAAAUCCCCAGCAUGACCAUCCACUGGGAGCUGCAAACGAAGAGUGGCCGAUCGAUCACGUGCUUCGAGGUGCCGGCCAAGAUCGUGUAAGACUGCUGCGCGUACUACGUCAGUGAAUAGCAGAGCUGGACGGUCGAGGUUAGCUUGCCGAGUGAUAGGUUUUAGUUGUACGAAAUCUUUUGCGCUACCAUGAUGCACAGUAAAGAGUGGUUAACUUUUUAUUUAAAUCGUA